GCGAGGUUUGAGGCACAGCACCCACAGAGCGAGCACGAGCGCGGCUGCUGCACCAAUUCUACAGUCCCACCACGGGACACACCGGGCACAACCAGCGCACCCCACUGUCCCACAACUCCUCUACGGGACACGGACAACCCGAGGAAACUGCAUCGCGUUUCCGUGCGUUUUUUGGUCUUUUUUCGCGGAACUCAGUGAAGUGCGUUACCCGGGAAGUUUGAGCCACUGCAACGUGAACCGGUGCGCAGAGAGUAAACUUAAUGUAACCUAGAUCAGCUUUAAUCCCUUCCUAAACGUAAUAAAUGCGCGUUCAAAGAUUCAAAACUAUUUAACUCUCAUCUCAUUUUCCACGGGGAAGAACGAAUAGUGUGCGCGCAUUAGAAGUGGAUGUAUCGUGUACCAUGGAUGUAAGCGUGUACCCGCCUCCCCCUCAGCCACUGGCCGCCACAGACCACACCAGGCUGGGGCAACUCUCCUACCAGGAUCCAGCCUUUGGGAACAACAAGCUGGACGGAGACGCCAUGUUCCUGGGAAUGACAGAGGCAGGCCUGGACUUUGGAUCGGCCAAUCAGUUUCGUGUGCCGCAGCCUCCUAUGUCCAAAGGAACACCCCCCAACAACGGAUCUCAAAACUGGAGGAGGGAGGGCAACAUGGCUGACUCUCACAGACUGCCCUGGUCCUAUCCUGUCGGUGACGAUGACUACAACAUCCCACCCCUGACUCCUCCUACUCUGCCGGAGCACAUGAUGCCCCCCCAUCUGCCCCACGAGACCCCCCCUGGCCCUGGACAGUACCACCACCUGGACCCCCCCUCUGGAUCGGGACCACACCACCCAUACCAGCUGCAGAACAUGGAGAUGACCAGGAUGAACCCGGGACAAGAUGGCCGAACGUACAGCCCAGAGGGAGGCCCAAUGACCAGCACCUUGUCUGUGAUGCAGCAGAUGGUGAAUUCUGAUUCUCGCUUCACCACCAGUCAGCAGCCAAUCGAAGCCGCGCUGGGGCCGAGGAGCCAAUCAGCAAUGAGCCAGCAAAACCAAUUGUCCACCAUCAACCCAUCACAGCUUGGACCGAACAGGAACUCCAUUACCCACAAUUCCCCCUCACCUCCAGGAAGUAAAUCUGCAACGCCAUCUCCCUCCAGCUCUGCUCACGAGGACGAGAGCGAGGAGACUCUCAGGGUCAGUGGAGAAAAGAGGCCAGCAGGAAUGGACAUGAAGAAACCAAAAACACCAAAGAAGAAGAAAAGGAAGGACCCCAACGAGCCGGUGAAGCCAGUGUCUGCCUAUGCCUUAUUUUUCCGGGACACUCAGGCAAAUAUCAAGGCCCAAAACCCCAAUGCUACAUUCGGAGAGGUGUCCAAGAUUGUAGCCUCUAUGUGGGACGGCUUGGGAGAGGAGCAGAAACAAGUGUACAAGAAGAGGACAGAGACAGCCAAAAAGGAAUAUCUGAAACAACUGGCUGCCUAUAGGGCUAGUUUGGUCUCACAGAGUUACAACGACCCAUCAGAGAUGAAACCCUCCCACUCUUCCUCCACUCCUCCCUCAUCUUCCUCUACCUCAAUGUUCAGCCCCAAACCUCCAGUGUACCCUGUUCACCCGGGACAGCACCCUUCCUCCGGCUCCCUUCCCCACGCCCUCCCUCCCCCUCAGCACCCGGGCAUGUACAUGUACCCCCACCCACCUCACAGCCACAUGCACCCCCAGCUGCUGUCAUCCAGAGGGACUGUCCCACGGCCCAGCGGCCCACACCAGGGUGCUCUGGGUGGGGUGGCAGGAGCACCCACUCCCCCUCUCCAGGUCAGCCCUCCUCUGCAUGGACAGGCGCACCUUGGGGGUCUGCACAGUCCCCAUCAGCAUCAGCAGCUUACGGGACACAACAUGGGCAUGAGCCACACAUCGGCCAUGGGACAGGGCUAUCCCCCGUCUCUUCAGUCUGAGUACCAGCCAAUGGGAGGAGGGAUGCUGAGCGGCGCACCUGUGAUGUCAUCAUCAGUGGACUACCACCAGCUCGGACGGCAUACGCCCAGCCACCACCCGUCCCUCGACUGGAGCACCGAUUACCAUGGCAACGGGAGUCUUCAGAGAGACAAGCCUCUGUUCCUGAGUUAAUCCCACAUCAAACAAAGUGAUGCCAAACUUCAACCAAGCCCUUUUUACUGCCACACCACGGAAACCUCCAGCCUCAAACUGACCCCAGACCAGCCCACAGAGCACAGCACCUGCCAACAAAUCCCAAAUUGAAAGACACCGCCCUGAUUUUAACCGGGACUUGUAAAAUAAUAAUGAUUAAUGCAGAUCAUACCGGAAUAAACCAACAUUUUGGUAAUAAUAGUAAUGCGUUGGAUUUAUAUAGCGCUUUACAUUGCAUUAUUCAUUCACUCCAUAUUUGGUGGAAAGCUACUAGUCUAGCCACAGCUGAGACAGGGGCGUACACUGACGGUACAUUUAGUGGUAUUUCGAAAUUUGGCAAAAGAUUAAAGCGUUUAUCAACCAUCAUCAUGAAACCUAAGAUUUGAUGGACAAUAUUAGGCAAUGAGUGAACAUUUUGUCCUUAAAGUGUAACAACCAAGAAAAUGGCUAGUUUGACAACAGCCAAAAUUGCAAUGGUUGGGUGUUUUGAGUUAGAGCAUUUCCAAAACUGCGGCUCUUGUUGGGUGUUCCUUCAAUGAUCAGUAUCAGAAAUGGUGAAUUAAUCGGUGAUACACUUGGGUAGUGAAGGUUCUGCCUGAUUUGUGCAUGGGAGACAUCCUUGACCUACAAUGCCUACAGACUUGGACCAGUCUUUUGGUACAUCAACUGUUACCAAAAUAGCUCUAAUUUCCACCAGCUUCUGCAUGUUUAACCUGUACUAUCCACAUACAUUUGAGGUGUUUUCCAAUGAGGCAAACUUAAAACUAUUUGUAAAUAUUGACCCAUACCUUCAAAUUCCCUUGUUAAUUAACUCCCUGUCUGCCCUUAAAAUGCCCUUUAUGUAGAGAUGGUGUUUUUCACCAUAUGUCCCAAAUGCUCCCAAGAGCAGUUGUAAAAUGUUGUAUCAUAAAUGUUUUAACUGUCGAUUGAGGCCAGUGAAUUCAUUGUUGAAAUUUUGUUGCUGUAGUCUGUUACAGCCAUAGUUUAAAAUUACCGUUUCUUUAAAUAUAUGAAAAUAUUUUUGUUGCCAUAAGACGCAAAGAGCGUAUUGUCAUUUUGAGGAGAAAUAACA